UGCAUGACACUCGCUCGCCGCGCUUCCUCCUCCCGGGCUGAGUCGGGAAGUCAGUGCCGCUCGGGCAGACCCGGGCAGACAGCAGCCGAGGGGCCAUGGCGCAGCGCGGGCUGGGACUUGCGAGGCUGCCCGGGCUGCUGGCGGCGCUGGCGGCGCUGGCGCUGGUGGCGGAGCAGGGCCCCCGCGUGUCUGCCGAGCGGGGCCUGGCUCUGUGGCCCAUGCCGCUCUCGGUGCAGAUAGCCCCGCGUCUGCUGCGCCUCUCCCCCGAUAACUUUUACUUCGGCCACGACCCCUCUUCCAAGGCCGGCCCCUCGUGCUCCCUCCUGACGGAAGCGUUUCGGCGAUAUUAUGACUACAUUUUUGGUUUCUACAAGUGGCAUCAUGGCUCCGCUAAGUCUCAUACUGAACCGGAAUUAAAGCAACUUCUUGUCUCAGUCGUCCUUGACUCAGAGUGUGACACUUUCCCCAAUAUCUCUUCAGACGAGUCCUAUACUUUACUUGUGAAAGGACCAGCGGCUCUCCUCAAGGCCAACAGAGUUUGGGGAGUAUUACGAGGUUUAGAGACUUUUAGCCAGUUAAUUUACCAAGAUCCUUAUGGGGCUUACACCAUCAAUGAAUCCACCAUCAGUGAUUCUCCAAGGUUUCCUCACAGAGGAAUUUUAAUUGAUACAGCCAGACACUAUCUGCCAGUUAACAGUAUUCUUAAAACUCUGGAUGCCAUGGCUUUUAAUAAGUUUAAUGUUCUCCACUGGCACAUUGUUGAUGACCAGUCUUUCCCUUAUCAGAGCAUCACUUUUCCGGAGUUAAGCAAUAAAGGAAGCUAUUCUUUGUCUCAUGUUUAUACACCGAAUGCUAUCCGUACGGUGCUUGAAUAUGCCCGAUUACGAGGGAUUCGAGUCAUACCAGAAUUUGAUACCCCUGGACAUACACAGUCUUGGGGAAAAGGUCAGAAAGACCUCCUGACUCCAUGUUACAAUAAACAUCAGUCUGGGACUUUUGGACCUAUAAACCCUAUUCGGAAUACAACUUACAGCUUCCUGUCCACAUUUUUCAGAGAAAUUAGUGUGGUCUUUCCAGAUCAGUUCAUUCAUUUAGGAGGAGAUGAAGUGGAAUUUUAUUGUUGGGAGUCCAAUCCAGAUAUCCAGUAUUUCAUGAAGCAGAAAGGCUUCGGCAGUGAUUUUAAAAAACUAGAAUCUUUCUAUAUUCAAAAGCUUUUGGAUAUUAUUUCAACCAUCAAGAAGGGAUCCAUAGUCUGGCAGGAGGUCUUUGAUGACAAAGUGAAGCUUCAGCCAGGCACUGUAGUUCAAGUAUGGAAGCGGGAAUCGUAUGCUCAGGAACAAAAUGUAAUCACAGCAGCCGGUUUCCCUGUGAUCCUUUCUGCUCCUUGGUACUUAGAUUGGAUCAGUUAUGGACAAGAUUGGAUAAAUUACUAUAAAGUGGAACCUCUUGAUUUUGGUGGUUCUCAGGAACAGAAGAAACUUGUCAUUGGUGGAGAAGCCUGUCUGUGGGGAGAAUAUGUGGACGCAACUAACCUCACUCCGAGACUAUGGCCUCGAGCAAGUGCUGUUGGUGAGAGACUCUGGAGUCAGAAAGAGAUAAAAAAUAUAGAUGAUGCCUACAAAAGACUAACAAUUCACCGCUGCAGAAUGGUCCGACGCGGAAUAGCGGCACAACCUCUUUUUACUGGAUAUUGUGACCAUGAGGACAAAAUGUAAAAAUGAGCCAAAACUAGGAGGGGAAAGAAGCCCAUAGCAAUCUACUACAAUCAGCUUGGUUUUGAAAUCAUGUAAAUUUGGUACAUUGUUUUGAAUAAAAUAUAUCUUUGUAUUGAUUGAA